AUGCUCAGUGCACAGCGGCCUCAGGUCGGGCGGCAUCGCUGCUCUAGUGGAGGCGGCAGAGCAGCCACUGCCUGGCAUGAAGGGCUGGCGUCUAGCUGCUGCUUACUCCUCGCUCCAGCGCCAUGGAAUGCCUUCGGAGCUUGCCCUGUGUCCUUCCCCACUCUAUGAGACUUCCCCGGCGGACCGUGAGUGUUCUGGCCUUGGACCUGACUGCUGCGGCUCGUCCCGUUGCUGCCUGCGGCCGCGCAGCCGACCUACUCGGAAGGAGCCUGGCAGUGCCGCCGUGCGGGCCCCGCCGGCUCCGUGUGGCAGGUAAAAUACACCGGUUUAGAACUUCUGAUGUCUCUCAAGCCACUUUGGCCAGUGUAGCCCCAGUAUUUACUGUGACAAAGUUUGACAAAAAGGGAAAGGUUACUUCUUUUGAAAAGAAGAAAACUGAGUUAUACCAAGAGUUAGGUCUUCAAGCCAGAGAUUUAAGAUUUCAGCAUGUAAUGAGUAUCACGACCAGAAACAAUAGGAUUAUCAUGAGAAUGGAGUAUUUGAAAGCUGUGAUAACUCCAGAGUGUCUUUUGAUAUUAGAUUAUCGUAAUUUAAAGUUAGAGCAAUGGCUGUUCCGGGAACUCCCUUCACAGUUGUCUGGAGAGGGUCAACUUGUCACAUACCCUUUACCUUUUGAGUUUAGAGCUAUAGAAGCACUCCUGCAAUAUUGGAUCAGCACCCUUCAGGGAAAACUUAGCAUUUUGCAGCCACUGAUCCUUGAGACUCUGGAAGCUUUAGUGGAUCCCAAACACUCUUCUGUAGACAGAAGCAAACUGCACAUCUUACUACAAAAUGGCAAAAGUUUAUCAGAGUUAGAAACAGAUAUUAAAAUUUUCAAAGAGUCAAUUUUGGAGAUCUUGGAUGAAGAAGAGUUGCUAGAAGAACUCUGUCUGUCAAAAUGGAGUGACCCACAAGUCUUUGAAAAGAGCAGUACUGGGAUUGACCAUGCGGAAGAGAUGGAGUUGCUGUUGGAAAACUACUACCGAUUGGCUGAAGAUCUUUCCAAUGCAGCUCGGGAACUGAGGGUACUGAUUGAUGAUUCACAAAGUAUUAUUUUCAUCAAUCUGGACAGCCACCGUAAUGUGAUGAUGAGGUUGAACCUACAGCUGACCAUGGGAACUUUUUCUCUUUCACUCUUUGGACUAAUGGGAGUUGCUUUUGGAAUGAAUUUGGAAUCUUCUCUUGAAGAGGACCAUAGAGUGUUUUGGCUGAUUACAGGAAUUAUGUUCAUGGGAAGUGGACUCAUCUGGAGACGCUUGCUUUCAUUCCUUGGACGACAGCUAGAAGCUCCAUGGCCUCCCGUGAUGGCCUCUUUACCCAAAAAGACCCUUCUGGGAGGCAGAAGCAUGGAAUUGAAAAACAGCCUUAGACCAGAUGGACUUGGAUCAAGCAGGAGUAUCCUAACAAACCGUUAGCAACGACCCAGUAGAUACUGAAUACUUUUUAUGGUAGUCACAGGAAACUUCUGAUACUAUUUCAUUAUUUUCUUUUAAGAUACUUGAAAAAAAUCACUGAUAAUGUCUGAUGACAAAAAUAUUCUGGCAGUCACAAUAUUAGAGCUUGAUUGCAUUUCUAGAAUUCUGAGUUAAAGCAGCAAAGUGCUUGUUUUGUAAAAGGCCAAAAUUCUAUUUCCAGACUUUAAUUGCUGUUUUUAUAGACAUGAUCUAAGGCACGGAGAGAUUAACACAAGAAUGGACUGUUGUAUAGAUUUUAUUUAUACAUAUCAAGAAAAGUGCAGUUUUAUGCUGAGUGAAGCCUAGGAACUUGAUACAUAGGUAUCUAUAGUUCUUCGUUAGUACAGGGAAUCAUGUCCAUGUGAAUUUCCUGAUCUCAGGUAACUGAAAAGCUAGCACUAUAUGUAUUAACCUUAAAACAAACUCUGGAAGUUUGUGCUUUAAAAAUCAAUCCUUGACAUGACUGUAUAUUUUUGUAUUUGCCCCCUUUUAUAUAUUAGGUGAAUCAAAAGAAAUGAUAAUUUAACAUCAGCAUUAUAUGGAUUCCAGUUCAUCAAGAUUUCACUUAACUCCUAAAACUAUUUUUCUUUGCUUGGCUAUAAUUAGAGCCUUUGGAAGUAACCAAAUGGAAGUACUUCCAUUUGAUUACUGUUUUAUAGCUACUUUGUUCAUUUACUGAUUUUUAGUGCAGAUUUGAGACCAAGCCCUCCAAAAAAGGAAAAUGUAUAUUGCUUAGCUAAUCUAUAUGCUUAUACUUCAAAAGUUGACAGAUGGGCUUCCUAAAACAAAAGGGUAGAUAGAGUUUUGAUACCUUUUUGUUUUCACAAUCAGAGAUUUGUGUAAUUAUAAGUGUGAUGCUGCUCACUUAAUAUCUUACCUACCUUUUUAAUAUUUUCUGGAGGUUCAGUACAGUUAUGCACUAGGAUGUUACAGUUAAACUUGCCACCUAAACUAGCAUGCAUGGAAAAUUCUAGAGUGUCCAGAGCAGCUCUUGCACUACAAGUGUAGUGGGGUAAAGGAUAAAUAUGCCUACCCUGAUGUUGAGGAAGUUUAGGUAUUCAUUUUCCAGCUGGUUUGAUGAUAGGAAUAAUAAUGUUAUUCCAGUAGCUAAUCUGAAAGAAACCACAUGAAGUUACAAGUAAAGUUUUCUCCACUCACGGUGUGGUUAUGAAAAGCCACUGGAGGGAAGCUGGAGAACAGAAUGGCAUGAAACUGGGCUAGACUUGGAACACAGAGCGGGCCCUGUGAUUUGGUUGUUGGAAUGUAAAUGUACAGCACUGUUGAACAUUAUGCCUCUGGUGGUUUUCAAGAUUAUCAAGGUAAUAAAUACUCCUUAACUGUGACAUAUGAAGAAUUGGAAUCCCAGAAAGCAAAAUUUGAUAACUAAGAUCAGGCAUAGGAUAGAACUUGGGUCAUUUUUUCUUAUAGUAUUACUUAGUUUAUGAACAUGGAUAAAAUCAUUUUUUUGACUGAAUGUCUAUUAAAGGGAAAACGAUAUAACUACCUCAUAAGUCUGAUAAUGGGGAUUAACUAGUGGUUUCUAAAAUUCUUAGAUCAAGUAUGAUUUAAAAAUGUCAGCUAGCUCUGCUUUUAUGAUUGCAGGAUGCUUCUGACAUUAAAGUUAUUGUAAAUAACUUUGUAAAAUUAUUGUAAAAAAACAACCUAUUCCAAAAAAAACAUGAAGUUCAUUGUUUUUAAAUUUUGAACUAAAAUAAUAGACUGAGCACAUUAACUACCAUUUGACAGUAAGGUGAGAAAAGACUAAACAGUGGGUUAUGUAAGUCAACAGAUAUAUCCCCUGUUGAGGAUGUCAGGUAUAACAGACUAUCUUUGUCUUUGGAAGGCCUGUAAGAAAUGUGGGCAGAACAAAUGUCAUUUUAGGAUGCUGUUAACACUAAGCUUUAUUCUUUUUUUUUUUUUUUUUUGAGACAGUCUCUCGCUCUUUUGCCCGGGCUAGAGUGCCAUGGCGU